AGGAGGAGUGGAGUGGGGAGCUGGCGGAGGGAAAGGCAGCCGAUGUUAGUGGAGGUUGCUCACCUUGUGCAGCAAACACGAAGCCGCUCUGUCCACCUGUGAAGCUCCGCGUGUCCCACGCGCCUCCCCCCCUGUCCAGCGCCCGCGCGCCGCUCUCCAAUUUAGCACGAGACGUUGAACUUUGAAGCACCGGCGGCAGAUUGUUCCAGCAGCUGACCACAGUGAACGAAGAUGCAGUGUCCCACAAUCUUUGCAGAAGUCCCUGAUGAGGAGAGAAGGAACAGGAAAUAAGUGACUCUAGGAAACGGCAGGUCCUUAUGGUGGAGGUGGUGUUAGAUGCCCCUUGCCAUGCCUCCUGCCAUGACAGACCUCCUGGACAUAUGGGCGGCCCACUCGCCCCUGGCCGGACACGCUCCGGACCAGAUCACCGUGGACUUUCUGCUGCCCACCGGCAUCUACAUCCAGAUGGAUGUUCCCCGCGAGGCCACCAUCCAACACAUCAAACUGCUCUUAUGGAAGCAGGCUCAGAACUUCCCUCUGUUCCCGUCUCUUGGCGAAAUGGAGAGCCACAUGUUCGAAUGCGUCAACCAGGCAGCUGUGCACGAAGAGCUGGAGGAUGAAACCCGCCGGCUGUGCGACGUCCGGCCCUUUCUGCCCGUCCUGAAGCUGGUGACGCGCAACUGCGGACGAGCCGAGCGCCUGCUGGACUCCAAGAUAGGAGUUCUCAUUGGGAAAGGACUCCAUGAGCUGGAGAACAUCAACGACCAGGAAGUGAAGGACUUCCGCAGUAAGAUGUUCCGUUUGAGCGAGGAGAAGAUGCAGCGGGUGCAGAUGAUGACGUGCACCGAGUGGCUGCAGGCCUGCUUCUCCCCGCAGCUGGAGCCGGCGCCUUUGACCACUAUCACAGACGGCCUCAAUGACCGGCCGGCCGACCUUAAAGUCAUCAUCCACUUUGACCAGUCUCAGGAUUCGACCAGUCUGAAGGUGUCGUUGUCGUCUUGCACGCCCUCUGAGCUGAUGGAGAUGGCUGUGAAGAAGUGGCUCAUCACCCACGCGCCUGAGGAGGAGGCCUGGAGGGGCCAGUAUGUGCUCCGAGUCAGCCAUUGCCUGGAGUUCCUCUGUGGAGACCAUCCUCUGAUUCAAUACAAGUACAUCCGCACAUGCCUUCAAGCCAAAGAAACUCCUCACCUCACCCUGGUCCACUCCAGCACCAUCAAGGCCAUGUUUGACAAGGAAAUGUCUGCCAUCGGAGCUGUGGUUAGCCGCAAGUCCUCCAACCCACCGUUACCGCUACCUCCCAAAAGAAGGAACCCCACGCAGGUCCAGACGUGUGUGUGGGACGUGUCGAGCCCGUUCAGGAUAGUCCUCGUCAAAGGCAGCAAGGUGAACGCUGAAGAGAGUGCCAAGGUCCAGGUGAGGGCGGGCCUCUUCCACGGCACAGAGCUGCUUUGCAAGCCGGCGGUGAGCAGCGAGAGCAGCGGCCGCUCGGAGCACACCUGGAAGGACAACGCUCUGGAGUUUGAGAUCUCCAUCUCCGACCUGCCGCGCAUGACCCGCCUCUGCUUCGCCAUCUACGGCGUCAUGGAUAAGGUCAAAAAGCAGAAGUCUACCAAAAAUCCUCACAUAAAUAAAUACCAGACCAUCCGAAAGGCAGGGAAAGUGCACUACCCCAUAGCUUGGGUCAACACCAUGGUGUUUGACUACAAAGGGCAACUGAAGACUGGAGACAUCAUCCUGCACUGCUGGUCUUCUUUUCCAGAUGAACUUGAAGAGAUGCUGAACCCAAUAGGAACCAUUCAGACUAACCCGUACACUGAGAACGCCACGGCGCUGCACAUCCACUUUCCAGAGUACUCCCCCCAUCCCGUCGUCUUUCCCGCCUUCGACAAGAUCCUGGAAAAAGCCGCACAGAUUGCCAGAGCCAGCGACUGCAUAUCCAUAGGACGCGGCGGUAAGAAGUUCCACAUCGAACUGAAGGAGAUCAUGGAGCGGGACCCGCUUUCUCAGCUGUGUGAAAACGAGAAGGAUUUGAUUUGGACACUACGCCACGACUGCUAUGAGAACUUCCCCCAGUCUCUACCAAAGCUGCUGCUCUCUGUUAAGUGGAGCAAACACGAGGACAUGGCUCAGCUCCAGGCAUUGCUUCAAAUUUGGCCCAGAUUGAGUCCCAGAGACGCUCUGGAGCUUCUGGACUUUAACUAUCCUGAUCAGUACGUCAGAGAGUACGCCGUGCGCUGCCUGCGGGAUAUGAGCGAUGAGGAACUGUCCCAGUACCUGCUGCAGUUGGUGCAGGUGCUGCGCUAUGAGCCGUAUUACGACUGUGCCCUCACCCACUUCUUGCUGGAUCGUGCGCAAAGCAACCGUAAAAUUGGCCACUUCCUCUUCUGGCAUCUGAGGUCAGAGAUCCACAUGCCAGCCGUGUCGGUCCAGUUCUCCCUCAUCCUGGAGGCGUAUUGUAGAGGAAGCAUCCCUCAUAUUGAGGUUUUAAAGAAACAGGUUGAAGCCCUCAGUAAACUGAAAUCUGUAAAUGAGCUCAUCAAACUGGGGACCAUCAAGAACGCCCGCAGCAAAACGAAGGAGGCGAUGCUGACCAAGGAGGCCAUGAUGACCUGUUUGAGACAGAGCGGCUAUUCGGAGGCUCUGUCGGACCUGAACUCCCCUCUCGACCCCAGUGUGCUGCUGUCUGACAUCAAUGUGGAGAAGUGCCGCUAUAUGGACUCCAAAAUGAAGCCUCUGUGGAUCGUUUACAACAACAAGCUGCUUAACGGGGAUACUUUGGGGAUCAUCUUUAAAAACGGAGACGGUAGGAAUCACACAGUCGUCCUUCAUCCUUUUAUUCCAAGGAGAUUCUUCCACAGACAUUCUAAUUCACAGACUGACACACAAUCUAUGUCAAGAAAUGCAUUAGUCUUCUCCCUCAUUACUUUAACGACACCAAAUAAAUUCCAGCUGCCUACAGAGAGAAGAAGCCAAGAGCUCUUCCACAUAGACUUCGGUCACAUCCUCGGCAACUUCAAGUCCAAGUUCGGCAUCAAAAGGGAACGCGUUCCCUUCAUCCUCACGCACGACUUCAUCCACGUCAUUCAGCAGGGCAAGACGGGGAACACGGAGAAAUUUGGCAGUUUCCGUCAGUACUGCGAGGAUGCUUAUCUUGUCUUGAGGAAGAACGGCAACCUCUUCAUCACCCUGUUUGCCCUCAUGCUGACUGCUGGACUACCGGAGUUGACUUCUGUCAAAGACAUCCAAUACUUAAAGGACUCUCUGGCUUUGGGGAAGACGGACGAUGAGGCCCUGAAACAGUUUCGCCAAAAGUUUGACGAGGCACUGAGAGAAAGCUGGACGACCAAGGUGAACUGGAUGGCCCACAACGUGGCCAAAGACAACCGCUCCUAGAGCCGCUGGAACCCUGGGGGUCAGGAAGUCUGUGAUGGGAGGUGUAGACGGGGCCAAAGAGACGGCGUAGGGGGGGCAUGAAUAUUUAUAUAUAAAACCCUGGUUUAAAGAAGGGAAGUAGCUCAAAACAAACACUGUAAAUAAAAAAAGAUUAUCUACUACGGGGUAGUUCAGGUACCCUGCAACCUCCUCCUCGCCCUCUGAAACCAUGGCAUGGUGCCCCCACGGACUUCAAAACGAUGGUCUGGAAUCAUUUCUGUGGAAUUGCCAUUAUUGCUAGAUUUGCACGGACUGGACGGCUGGUGGAGGAGGCGGCUAGAAGAGGGGGGCGAAGACCUCCCUGUGGAGAAGCUGCAGCAUCAUGAACUACAGCAGCGUUUCAGGGAGGCUGCUGGGAAACGUUUAUCUCAACCACAGCCCUCAACCAGCUGGGCUGCGAUAAAGAAACUUCCAACAGAGAAGUCCUCCAUGUCUUAAAAUGGCGAGCGCCGCGACCUCGAACCCGUCGUCUGAAGGGCCGCCGCCAAACUGCAGGAAGAUUGUAUUUGUUUUGUUUUUACUGUGUAAGAAACAUUUACGUGCCAGACUACUUUACUAGUCCACAGGGUGAAGUGGAGGGGAAGGAGAGCUUCGUGGUCCGCGGUCCGACUUGGACCUCUCUGCACUCGAAUGUUUUUAGAGCCCUUUGAGUAAAAGACUUUUAAUAAACUAAACACUUUAUUCUGUUUGUAUUUUUAUUGUUUUUAAACCUACAGAUUCUGAAGCAUUACCAUGACUGUCCUGUUUGACUUUUAAAUUUUUAAAAAUUUUUUUUUUAAAGGGCCAACAAGCAGCGAUGUCAAAUGCUGAUUCUUUUAACGUGUUACAACCAAAAAUCAUUUUUAUCCUCUGGUUUUAAUAAUCUGUUUCCGAGCUGAAUGUGCAAACCUGUUUCCCACUCUGUCAAGUGCAUUGGUUCUUAUACCAGCGGACGUGGGCGGAGCCAGCUUACCGGUAGGCGGGAUUUGUCCUAAAAAAGCUAAAUGUUAGACUGUGACGUAGAGGUACGUCUUGUUCCGUCUUACGGUUCCAGAAUCUGCUUCUGUAUUCAUCGUUUGUGCAAUAUCCCAGUUAAUGUCCCAUCAAAUCUGAUCUUAAUCGCGGGCUCUACGAGUUCGUCUCGCGUCGUGCUUCGCGGGAGAAGCGGCUCUAAAUCGCACCGUUAGCCUUCAGAAGUCUCAAACACUGGAUGUUGUAAAAUGUACAGGCUUUAACUGUGUUGCCUUUUUUUUGUUUUCAUAGGAGUUUUAUUAAAGUUAUU